GAUCAUUGCAAUUUUGUUCGCCAGCGAACGAGUGUCUUUUGCAUUUGUUCAGAGACAUAUUAUAAGAGUAACCACGACAAUAUCAUCGCUAUAAGGAAACGCAUCCCUCGAGUUCUCUUACGAUGCUAAUGAGACUCGGUACUUUUUGAAGACCUCAUCAGUCAUACGCACAAGAUACCUCUCAGCCGAUUCUACGUGCUUGAAGAGUCUCAAGAUACCAUUCGCCAAACGGAUCCUUCCAUGCUGAUAACUCACAGUACAAGUUGGUUUGUCUGAAGCAAUUACCACCAACAACUAAAUUAAUUACUAAAGGAAAAUAGAAAACGGAAGUGAUAACAGCUAGCACUUAAUAAAUAAAUCACAAACAAAUGGAAAUAAUGAAUGAUGACAAAUCGGAUCACAUAAAACAAGAUCAUACUCAGAAUAUCAUGAAAGAAAUCAUAUCAAGUGCGAAAAAUCAAAGCAAUGACAUCGAUGGAUACACAAAAAAUACAGACAAAGAUGAAUACUAUGAACUUGUAGAGGCAAAAAACACCGUUAAAUACAUCAAACAUCUUGUGGAGGUUGCGAAGCCUACAAUCGAUCAGAAUUCUGCGAAACCGAAGGAUUAUGAUAAAUGGACGGAGGAAGAACAAUUCAAAUAUAUUAUGGAUAACGUGAAAACAUAUAUGCCAAGUAUACCGCAAUCCUUAUUAUUUUUUACAUCAGGUACACUAUAUCGAGGAGAUUGUGGUCGAAAUUCGAUGGACAGACCAUUCUGGCUGGACAUGGAAAAAUUUCAGAGAGGUCAAAAAUUUAUGCUAGAUCAUUUAACCUCAAUUAUUUUGGCUAAUAUGUUAUCGCUUUUCCAGUUAUUCGCUUUCACAGAUGGUCUUAAACCGCUCAUCUUCAGUCAACAAUCUCACACGCCGUAUUUAGCGUUUAAAAGGUAUUUGUCUACGUUUUGUUAUAUAAGAAGUUGGAUAACGGGAGAUCCAUGGACCGUGGGCACGCGAGCAUACAACGAUAUACAAACUGUGCGUAGAAUGCACCGUGCAAUGCGAUUGAAACUCUGUGAACACGAUAAUGAGGAAAUCGAUAUGUUGACUAAAAUUCCAAAUCCAUGGUGUUCUGAUAGAGAAAUAAUUUUAGAAGAUUUAUCUUCCUGUCCAUAUCCGACUGUAGAAAAUGGUUGUCUCCAUCUACUGGUUAAACCCAAAGGGUUGAAUCAAUCAGAUAUGGCAGCCACGCAAUUCGCUUUCAUGGGGUUGAUUGUGUUGUAUCCUAAAAAAUUCGGCGUUUAUGCUAGCGAUGAAGAUAUUGCAGCCUUUUGCCACACAUGGAGAGGUAUAGGGUACCUUCUUGGCAUGGAGGAUGAAUACAAUUUCUGUCGCGGAAGUCAGAAGGAAAUUAAACAAAGAUCACGCGACUUCAUCAAAGUUUGGGUGAAGCCUUACUUGAGGCAAGUAACGCCUGAAUGGGAACAUAUGCUGAAAUGCGUGAUGGAAGGUACUUCUUAUUAUAUUAAUGUUUUCACAUUCAAGAUGGCACUACUGUAUGUCGCCAAUUUACUGGACAUAGAUAUGCCACGUAUACGAAGUAUGCUCACUUAUUAUGAAUGGCUUAAACUCAUUAUAGUGCAACACUUUCUAAUUCCCUACGUCUUCAAGAUACGAUUUGUAAGACAGUAUAUAAAUAACACAUUUUUUAAGGCACUCGAUAAAGCAAACAAAUAUAAAUCUGAAAAGCAUAUGGAACUUAAAAAGAGAUCUCAAAAGGUUUUAGCCGAGGGCCGAUAAUAUUUGUAUACAGACUUGGAGUUUUACUUAUAUACAUUAUUAGUUA